AUGAGUUCUGGGUAUGUGCUGCGUACAGGCAACUCUGACUACAGUCGUCCUACCUCGAAUACGGCUGGGCCAUCGAUUGGGUUUGCUGGCAGCCCUGCAGGGUUCGCCGCUACCGUGUCGAAUGCGAAAAACAUUGAUCUGACCGACUUUCCCGCUCUUGGAUCACAGGUGCAACCACACUCUGGCACGGGCGUAGGAGUUGGCGGCACUAACCUCUUUUCUUCUUCGUACGCGAACCAGGCAGGGACGGGGAUGGGGAGUGCUCCUAUGGGGUCUGGUAUGAUGAACAUGCUUUCGCACAAUGCGUCAUUUACACACGACGAAUUUCCCGCCUUGAACCAUGGGCAUGCAGGCACAGAAGGAAGGGUUGGUGCAGUACCACAGAAUGUGCACCCAAUGGUGGGCAAGGACGCUACAUUGCACGAGGAGGACCUUGUGGGCCAGGAUCUGCCGCGGCAUUCCCAGUUUGCGAAUAGCGAAGUGGCCAACAUGCCGAUCCAUCAGGUGCUUGCGUCGCCCGCCGACCGGUUUGGCCUGGUCGGGCUGGUGAGCUUGAUCAAAACGCAAGAUUCGGAUAUGUCUAUGAUGACGAUGGGAAGCAACUUGCAAUCCCUUGGCAUGAAUUUGGACACCGCGAGUGCCCUCUCAUCCACGUUUGUUACCCCAUGGUCCCAGGAUCAGUCAUUGGCGUCGCUCCAAGUGGAGCCCGCGUACCAUCUUCCGAGCUGCUACAAUGUGCAGCCACCGCCACCUGCGCAGACUAAGAUCGCGAGCUUCAGCGAUGAGACCCUCUUAUUCAUCUUUUACUCUACGCCGCGCGAUGUGCUACAAGAAGUCGCGGCUCAGGAGCUUUAUGCACGAAACUGGAGGUACCACAAGGCGCUGCAUCUUUGGCUUACCAAGGAGCAAAAUACGGAACCGCUGCAAAAGACACCGACGUACGAGCGCGGUACGUACAUCUUCUUCGAUCCAGGCACUUGGGAAAAGGUAUCCAAGAACUUUGUGCUCAUGUACGAAAUGCUGGAGGAAAAGCCACCCACACAAGGCGUAUUGCCCGUGCAUCCUGGCGCCAGUCAUCCACCCACGCCGUCGCAGCAUUCUGUCGCACAAGCCAAGAGCCACUCGACAGCAAUCGCGACGCAACCUUCGCGUGGGGCCGCACAGCCCAGUGCAGACGCGCAUUCGCCACAAACAUCGUUUGCGUAG